GAGACGUAUGCCGCACGCACCGCACACCGUCACGGGGGAGCGAGGUGACACACACGACAGGUGGUGAAGGUGGACAAAAGCCGGACGAAUCUCGAGCGAUCGGCCGAGUGGUACGCGAUUCUCUCAAGCUGACAAAUCCGAGAGAAAAUAAUUCGGCGGAACUAAUCUCGAAUAUUAAUCUCGAGGCAUCGCGUUGCCCUUGAAAGGUCGUACACUUUCCGCGGAUCUCCCUCAGUCCGGGAGAAGCUUCUCGAAGGCUUUCGCGUCGGAUCUUCCGCAAGGACGCGUUGGAGAACAUCAACCGAGCGUCGAACCGCGCGGGAGAAAGUGAAGAAUCUCCGGACUGAACGUUCGGGCCGACAAAGUCGAGAGUGUUGAAAUCGCGCGUUAUAAUCACCAGGCAUCUCUCGACGCGGGCAUUACAUCGGUUAUUACAAGCCGCGGGCCGAUUAAUUCUGCAAUCUGUCAUCAAGCCGCGCAUCAGAAGUGGAGAUCUAUCCUUAUCGUCGGUCGGCCGGCCCGCCAUUAUCAUUGAACCGCCGACGAUUGGUCAUCGCAAGUCGACAAAGUUGAACGCACCCCCCAUCGUGAUACCGUCUAUCGUUCGGCAAUAGAAUAAAAUAAGCUGUUACCUGAAAGUGUAAGGAACUGGAAAAUGAAGGAUCUUAUGGUGAUCUGGAAUACCCUGUCGCAUCGUCAGAUUUACUCGUCGGUGAACAUCAACCCUAAUGGUGACAAGGUCGAGCAGGACGAGGCGAAAACGAAUGGACGUGUCUCGAAUAUUCAGAGAAAAUCUUCGGUGAUGGUAAACAAAUUUUUCAAUACCGCUCUACCAGUGCAUUCCGAUGGCAGACGAAGAUGGUCAAAAAAUAUCUUCAUGCUGAUGACUUUCGGUCUGCUUGGCCUGACAUGCGGUUGCCUUAUAGUGCUAUACCAACCCUAUGAGUCACUCUUCCAGUGGAAGCUGACGCUCGGCGAGGGUGGCGAGAGCUUUGAACUAUGGCGGAAACCCGAGGUCGAUCUCUACGUAAAGAUUUAUCUGUUCAACGUGACAAAUCGCGACGAAUAUCUAAGUGGCAAAGAGAGCAAACUGCGAUUCCAACAAGUUGGGCCCUACGUGUAUAAGUUAUUGCAGAGCAUCACAAAUGUAAUGAAGGAUGCCUCAUUCAUAUCCAGGUGGGGUCUCAACACGCUGAUUCGUCAGACAGACACUCAUCCUCUCGUACAAAUGACUGCGCAUGAAUUCAUGUUUGGUUACCAAUCAACCCUAGUUAUCCUCGGCAAUCACUUAAUGCCCUCCUGGAUCAAGUUCGAUAAAUUGGGACUGAUCGAUAGGAUGUACGAUUUCGACGGUGAUUUCGAAACAAUUUACACGGGAGAGACUGAUAUUCGACUGGCAGGCUUGAUCGAUAAGUAUAAUGGGGACGUGAAUCUACCGCAAUGGACUGGUAAAUGCGCGAAUGUGCAUGGUUCCAGCGACGGGGUUAAAUUUCCGAGCUACAUCAAGCCUAACGACACACUCCUCUUCUUUCGCAAGAGCCUCUGCCGAAGCGAACGAAUGGUAAUUUUGAUUAUUGCAAUCAUCACGACGAAAUGGUUAAACAGUCUGACCAAGAACCUCCUGCCGAGUCAUGCGUGUGUAAUGUUAUUUCUUCUAUUAUUAACUUUCUUCCCUUAUACAGAAUGCUCGUAAAUUGUUCUUA